AUGAUUAGAUAAUUUGAGGUAUUGACAUUACAAUAGGUAAAUCCACAUAUAUUAUGUUCAAUUUGUAGGGAAGUAUUUUAUAAUCCAAUACGAGCAACUUGUGGGUAAGAUAUGAUCAAAUUAUAGACAUACAUUUUGUGGAACUUGUUUAGUUCGAUGGAUACAAUAAAAAAAGAGUUGUCCUUUAUGUAGACAUUAAUUAGAACGCAAUUACAAAUUUGAUAAAGAUAUUUUAGCUUCAAAAAUAGUUGGAGACAUUUAAGUAAAAUGUUUGAGAUGUUAAUAAUGGAAUGGAACUCUAGCAUUAUUUAAAUAACACAAAAAAACAUAGUGUAUAUUUAUUUAAAGACAUAAUGAAAUACCGUAAAAUGCUAUUGAAAUUGGAGAUGAUGAUAAAGAGGCUACAUUUUCAUUUAUUAUUGAUACUCAUAAAAUAAUUAAACCCAAUUUAGUAUAAAUAGAUGAAUAAAGUAAUGAAUAAGAUGAUGAAGAUCUAGAAAUAUAAUCAAUAAGAUAGAAUAAUGAUAUUUAGAAUGAUAAUAAUUCUCAAGUAGAAAUUAAUCCAUUAUUUAUUAAUGAUCAAUAUAAUCAUAUAGUAAUUGAAACUUAAGAUAAUGUAUUACUAGAAGAAUCUAAUUAAUAUAAUGAUCAUCAUCAUAUAAAUUUAGAAAAAUCAGAUAAAUCAAAUAAAUCUAACAAAUCAAUUAUAUCAAUAAGAUCUAAUAGAUCAAUAAGAUCUAAUAAAUCAAAUAGAUCUAUUAGAUCAAUUAGAUAGAAUAUAGUUUAAUAAUAAGAAUAAUAAAUGAAUUCAGAUGAUUUAUAAAUAGUAAUUAAUGAAUAAGAAAAUAAUUAAAUAAAAUCGUGUAGAAAUGAAUAAGAAAUAGAAAUAUUGGAACCUUCUUUACGAAUAUUAAAUACUCGUGAAAUAAAAGAAUUAAAAUAAAAAAGAAAGUUUAGAAUAAAUAUAUUAAGAAAUGCUGUGAGUGUAGCAGAACCAUUAAUUGAUUCUAUGAAUGAAGAUUUAUUUAAGGAAUUCAUAGAAUAUAUGAAAAAGGAAAUGUAAAAAAAGUUAAAUGACAUAAAUAAAAUGAAUACUAUAAUUGGAUGA